CACUCACUCACUCUUUUUUGUUCACUGACUCAUGAACAACCCAAGUCUAAUUUCCUUGAAUAAAAACAAACAAAAAGAAUAAAUAAAAGAGUUUCUAGGCAGCGAAAUAACGUGCAAAUGCAAGUAAAAUGGGUAAUCAAUUGGUUGGCAUUGCACCAUCGCAGAUCUAUGCAGUGGAACACUACUUUUCAGGCCAGUUUGGCAACGAAAUCAUUUUCAACUCGAAUAUGGGCAGUACGCGUUUCUUCAAAGUAGCCAAAGCAAAGACAGAGGAAGGUUUAAUUGUUGUUAAGGUGUUUGUCAAACAUGACCCAACGUUGCCAUUGGAAGAUCACAAGGAGCGCCUGGAGAGCAUCAAGAAAUCUUUAACGCUUGCAAAUGCCGUUAACUGUUUGCCCUUUCAACGAGUGGAGCUCAUCGACAAGGCGGCCUAUAUAAUGCGGGAGUAUGUGAAGCACAGUCUGUACGAUCGGGUAUCCACUCGACCCUUUCUCACUGUGCUGGAGAAGAAGUGGAUUACUUUUCAGAUUCUCUGUGCCCUUAAUCAGUGUCACAAGCAAAAGAUCUGUCAUGGUGAUAUCAAGCUGGAGAACAUAUUAAUCACUUCUUGGAACUGGAUUUUGUUAUCAGAUUUUGCUUCGUUCAAGCCCACAUAUUUGCCAGAAGAUAACCCGGCUGAUUACACAUAUUUCUUUGAUACGAGUAGACGUCGAACUUGUUACAUUGCCCCUGAACGCUUUGUCAAGACUCUGUCCGCUGAAGAUGAUCCCAAUAAUGGUAAUAUGUCCGUAAUUCAUUCGGAUUCUAUAAUACGUGUACCACCGUCAUAUGCGGGCAAUACUUUGAUUCCUGCCAUGGAUAUAUUUUCAGCUGGUUGUGCAUUGCUAGAGCUCUGGACAGAAGGCACAGCUCCAUUUGAGCUCUCACAACUGCUCGCUUAUAGAGCUGGUGAUCGCGAGCUGGUGAAGAAACAUUUGGCUGGCAUUGAGAACGAACGUCUACGGAAUCUGCUGGCCUCGAUGAUUGACAUUGAUUCGCUAAAUCGAAAGAGCGCUGAGGAUUAUUUGGAUCAGGAGCGUAAAAAACUAUUUCCCGAAUACUUUUACUCAUUUCUCAUUUCAUAUUUGCAAAUGUUCUCAUCGACGCCAAUAAUGUCGGCCGAUGCUAAGAUACAAUGGUUAAACAAGGACAUUGGGCAUUGCAUUAAGGUGCUGACACAGGCAGGGGACUUAACACCCAGCGAGGAGGACGAGUCCAAGCAGAAUCAAGAGAAAAGGGAUCCGGUUAGAUGCGAGCGUCUGCCUCCAGAGGAAGAUGGACUCAUACUUAUCAUCACAGUGGUCACCUCUUGCAUCAGAGGUCUGAAGCAAUCCAAUACGAAAAUCGCUGCGUUGCAACUGCUGGAAAAGCUGUCGAAAUAUACCACAUCUGAGACUAUACUGGAUCGCAUAUUGCCAUACAUUCUUUAUCUGGCGAAUAAAUCACCGGCUAAGGUGCAAGUUCAGGCAAUUGAAACGUUGACCGCUUGCCUGAACAUGGUCAAGGACAUUCCCCGGAGCGAUGCCAAUGUUUUUCCCGAGUAUAUACUAACGUUCAUCACCGAUCUAACCACCGAUACAUGUGCUGUAAUUGUACGCGUGGCAAUUGCCCGGAAUAUUGCAGCGUUGGUCAAGUGCGCCGUUUACUUUCUAGAGGAGACGCAGCGAAAUGCACCCAACGAAAUGCCCACGUUGCGUUACGAGGCGGAACUGAAUGCUCUACAUGAUACUGUACGUCAGGCGGUCUUGAGUUUACUCACGGAUACGCAGCCGAUUGUGAAGCAGACGCUCAUGGAGUCGGGUAUUUGCGAUUUGUGUGCCUUCUUUGGCAAGGAGAAGGCCAACGAUGUGAUACUCUCUCACAUUAUGACUUUCCUCAAUGACGACGAUAAGAAUCUGCGAGGAGCAUUUUAUGAUAAUAUUGCUGGCGUUGCGGGCUACGUUGGCUGGCAGGCAUCGGAUAUAUUGGUGCCGCUGCUGCUGCAAGGAUUCACAGAUCGGGAGGAGUUUGUUAUUGCAAAGGCCAUACGUGCUGUUACCAUACUAAUCGAGUUGGGUCACAUUCGGAAGCCCACUGUAACGGAGAUUGUGCAUGAAACCGCCUGCUAUUUGUGCCAUCCAAAUUUGUGGAUACGCCAUGAGAUUUGUGGCAUGAUUGCAACAACGGCACGCAAUUUGAGCGCUAUUGAUGUGCAGUGUAAGAUAAUGCCCGCCAUACGAGGAUACUUGAAGUCGCCGCUCAUCCAAGUGGAGAAACCUCACAUUCUGCUUGAUUGCUUGAUGCCCCCGAUUCCCAGACAGAUAUAUGACAGCGUGCUUCGGUUCCAGGAUAUUCAUCCAUUUUUUGGCGCGCUGGAAGAACGUGUACGCUUCCGCAUCAGCACACGCGGCGGUGGUCAACCUGCUCAGCCUGAGGACAUGGGUCAAACCCUACGCAAUCUCUUCCGACGCCUCACUUCGGAUGGAUUGACCGAUUCCAUUGAGAUGCAACUUUUCGCUAUGAAUCCGUUUUUGAUACCUCUCCAUUAUAAAGCCAUGCAAGAUCAGGAUGAUCCAGCUAUGGCCAAUGGACGCAUUGUGAUCAGCCGCAAACAGGUGGCCUGCCAUGAAUAUCCGCUGGCAGAUAAGACAACCAAGUUGCCCCUGGAUAAUCGAUCUAAUGAUGCUCCCACUAUGGUGUCGCCUGCUUCGGAUGCAGCUGUCACUCCACACAUUGUUUUAGCCGCGGGAUCUUCAGGCAGUCCCUCCUCCGGAGUCAUGGUGCUUGGCGUGCCGACAACAACAGUGAGCACUGCCACUUCUUUGGGAGAGUAUACUAUGCCGGAUCGCAACUAUUCACUGGAUCGUUCAUCAGAAUGUUGCAAGGACUUGGAGACAUUAACCCUGAAGAUAAAGCGCCGUUAUAAUGUGCUCGCUCUCUCGCAGCGUGGCAACUAUGACAAGUUGGUGACGCCGUAUCCGUCUAAUUGGCGUCUCAAUGGAACGCUGGUUGCGCAUCUUCACGAGCAUUCCGAGUCGGUGAUUAAGCUGGCGCCACUGCGGCCAGAUGGUUCGUUGUUUGCCAGUGGCAGCAUCGACGGCACCGUGAGAUUGUGGGACUGCAGCAAGCUGAAUGGCAACCAUGGCAUCAAUAAGUCCCGUCAGGUGUAUUCCGCCCAUACUCCCAUUUAUGCGCUGGCCGCUUGCGAUGCUGGACAAUCGCUGGCAGUUGGCGGCAAGGAUGGCAGCUUAUUGAUAAUGCGCAUCGAUCGCAAUUCCACAAAGAUGACGCUGCAACAGGCAUUGGAUCAGAAUGAGUACAAUGAUGGACCCGUCGUGGAUAUGCAUGCCUAUGACCAGGCGGCACAGAACGUCAUCGUCUACGCAACGCUCUACGGCGGCAUUGUGGCCUGGGACACACGGAUGCAGCACAGCGCUUGGAGGUUGCAGAAUGAACUACGUCAUGGUGUCAUCACUACCAUCUGUGCAGAUCCAACGGGAUCUUGGCUGGCCACGGGAACCAGUGGGGGCAAGCACAUCUGCUGGGAUUUGCGUUUCCGGCUACCCAUAACUGAGAUUAAACAUCCGGCGGACUCGUGGAUUCGAAAGGUCGCCUGUCAUCCCACAGAACCUUCCUAUUUGAUCUCUGCCUCGCAGUCCAACAAUGAGGUGUCCGUUUGGAACAUCGAGACGGGACAACGACAGACGGUUCUUUGGGCCAGCUCAGCGCCUGUUCUGACCAACACCAGUCUGAACGAUCCAGCUACCUCUUGUGGUAUUCUGAGUGGCGUUGUCGAUGGUUCUCCGUUUAUUCUGACAGGAAGCUCGGAUCAGCGCAUCCGUUACUGGGAUAUAGGAUCGCCAAAGAACUCGUCAUUGAAGGUGCCUGCGGCAAAUGAUAAUUUGACAAAUCUAACCUUUAACUACAGCUAUCGCCUCAUUGACGGCAGCCAGGUGAUUGAGGAGCAAAUCAUUCCCAAAAGCAGUGUAGGCGAUUCGCAGCAGUUGCAAAAUUCUACUGAAGAAAGUCCCAGAUCGGGACCGGAUAUGCCCAAAGCAACUCAUCAUGACGCUAUAACCGAUCUGCUCAUGUGCAAGGAUAAGGGUCAAAUUUAUGUAGCGUCGGCAUCACGCGAUGGUGUUAUCAAGCUUUGGAAGUAGCACCUAAUUUUAUUCGUUAUAUCUGUGAUUAGUCAAAUUAAAUAUUCAUAACUUUA